AUGCGUUGUGACAACCAGAACUACUGCGUGAACCCAACGACAGGAGCCUUCACUUGGCAACAACAAUAUCAGCAGCAGCAAAAUGUGCUGCCAUUUAUGGGGAUGAACAUGAUGAUGAUGAUGAACAACAUGGAGACUAUGCCGAUGCAGACGCAAGCAUUACGACAGAACCCUCGGAAAACGAUGGUGACAAACUCUGCUGUUUCGUCUCGGGUCCUCACCGUGCCCUCGGUGAUCCUGGCCGAGGCCGAGCAGCAGCUGUCGCUGGCCGAUAUUACGGCAUUCCUAGCCAUCUCAAAGCCCGUCAAUCAGUUCCUACACGAUUCGGCGGCGCCGUCGGUGCUGGAGAUGACGAUAAAAGAGGCGCUGUCACUAGCGGCGUAUACGGACAGCCCGGUCGGCACCGAGGUUAGCGGGGCGCGGCUGGUUCUGUCGCCGCUGAAGGAUGAUGCUAAACUCAUCAUCGACGGCGAGCCGCUCGACGUAACGCUGGUGUCGGUGCUGUUCAUGCGCACGUCGGACGACGAGAUCUUGUGCGCGCCCAAGACAACUAAAGCCGCCGAGGGUGACCCGCCCACGCUCGCCAAGGUGCUCAUUGGUAUGGGAUACAAGGACCAUCUUGAGGGCAUGACUAUCGCGUCACUGAUGGCCAUUGUAUUCCGCGACACGCGGAGGGCCGCCGAUUUGCUCGCCUUCCACGUGCACGCCGCAUUCGCCAAGGCUGGCCUGGAGAACCCCGUGCCAGACCUGUACGCAUCGACAGCGACGGCGCGCAUCGGAGUGACUUGCAAGACGGGCCUUGACCGCGUCGAGAUUGUGAGCAGGCCUCCGCCCAAUUCAAGCGGCGGCGCGAGAACGGAGUGGGGCCCCGUCUUCAAGCUUGGCCCGGUCGAGGCGCAGGUCAGAGAUGUGCGCAUCAUUGUGACCAGCGCUGGAACCAAGGCCGAGGAGGUCACGAUACGCGACGAGGCGUUACUCAAGAUGGGCGAGUCCAGCGUUGUCAUGGCGUCCAUCGAGGCCCGGCUGCCGCGCAUGUCCAAGGACGAGAUGGAGAUCCAGCUCACCCUAGGGGCACCACGCUACUCUACCACCGCCCUUGGUGGCCAAUACUGCCGUCGCGUCCCCCCUGACGAGGUCUUCUGCGGGUGUGCAGUCGCCAGACAUGCAGUGCCGGCGCCACUGCCACCGGUAAGUGGCAGUAUCGUUCAGGGCAGCAGCAGCAGCAACAACAACAACAGCAGCGGCAGCAGCGAGACGCCUCUCCAAAAACUCAGUAACCUCAAGACGGAGCAAGCCGGCAUCACGCUGCGACAGUCGUCGCGAGAUCUCAACCAGUACCUAUUCAAAGACGUAUUCCUCGCUGCCAACCUCGAAGGGUGGAAGGAGUACGUACCCGUGGCGCCCCCCAAGACGCUACUGGCGCCUGAAAUCCGCGUCAUGGUGGUCGACCCGGUGAGCUAG